AUGAACGACAGCGACAACUCGGCUUCUGGCACCCUCUUGCCCACCUCAGCUUCCAAGGACGGUCGAUUCUCACCCUCCUUUAGCUCUCGAAACAACAACAACAAAAACAGCGCACCUACAAGGACAGUGGUCUCUAUCCGGAUCCUUGUCAUCCUCAUCUUAAUUUCUCUCUUCUCCUGGUUCUACCUUGAGGCCCUUGCAGGAGGAGACAUUGAAUGGGUCAAGGACCAUCUGUCGAUGCUUGGAGUCAACUUGGUUCUGUCUGUCCUCUGUCUGACGGUUGCCGUGACCUUGAUCGCCCUCACACCCAUGUCGACUGUCUUUGCGGGCUGUCUCUACACCGGCAUGGCCAUCAUCAUCCUCGCCUUGAAGAAGUGGGACGACGGCGAGUCGUUUGAAACCCACGGCGCAUACAACAUGCUGGUCUUCUUGGUCAUUGUGAUCCCACUCAACGGCUUGAUCCAGUCGGUUCUCCUCUGCCAGCGCAAGAUGACCACCGCCAAGUUCCACAGACUGAUGACCGUCACCGUCGUCAGCACCGCUCUCCUGACGACCAUGAUGCUGAUGUACUACCACUCGAUCUGGGGCCAAGGAGCUAACGGCGCCCACUUGGUCCAUGGCAGCCAGGCAGGAAAGGAGCUUUGCGAGUGGCAGGGGGCUAAUAUUCCUGUUGCCGACUUGUUACCCAACUAUAUCCAGAACUUUUGGACCGGUCAGCUUUCAUGCCCGGCAGUCACUGGAAUCGAGGCUGAAUGGACAUAUGACGGGAUCCUCACCAUUCGCUGUCUCAACAAGGGCUUCAAGGACUCCGACCAACAACCGACAUACGAUAUUCUACCUGACACCCGAUUCUGGUCGGCGGCCGACAAGAUCAUGCACACCUACAACAAAAAGAUCAACGAGCGGAUUAUUCGCAAGACCUACACUGAGCCUAUCCAUGUCGAUGUCAAGGGGGUCGAGUCGAUCAUCGCCAACUGUGAACAGGACGUCUCCAAAAUUCUAAUUCGAGUUACUCGGCAUGAUGAGGUUCUGGAUAGAGUUAGGGCUGUUGCCAAGACCCGCCAGGAACAGGAGGAGACUACUACCAGAACCACUGAUGAGGAACAGAAUUUAGUUGACACUCUGCAUGGCGAUAGCCCUACUACCGACGACAACGACAAUGGUACCGCCAACACCAACAGCGACACAACCAAACCAGCAGGAGAGAAACCUAGAAGGCCCAAUGUGAUGGUUUUGUUCAUGGACGCAGUCGCCAGACGACAGUUUUAUCGCAAGCUUGCCAAGACAGCCGCCGUGGUCGCCAGUCUCGACAAGUCAGCCCAGGGAGGACCACAAUUGCACGAGUUCUUCCGUUACCAUGCCGUGGGGUUCAACACCAACGCCAACUCGCGCGUCGUCUAUACCAACACCCCCGACAGUGAGGAACCACCAGUACCACCAAUCUGGAAGGACUUUCACGAGGCCGGUUACAUUACUUCUCGAGUCGAAGACAACUGUGAGGACUGGUCGACACAGUACACAGGAGUCGAGUCUUCACAGUACUUUGACCAUGAGCUUCAGGCACCCUUCUGCCUCCCACCCUAUUACGCGCUCGAGGGCAACCCGUUCUCAAAUUUUGCAGGGCCUUACUCGAUUGUCGCCCGGUGCAUGCAUGGAUCGAACGUUCACACCUAUGCGUUCGAUUACAUGAACCAGUUCCGGAAGGCGUACCCUGAUCAACCCUGGUUCCAGAUGGGGUCGUUCAUCGAGGGCCACGAAGGCACAGGAGAGGUCCUUCUGACGAUCGAUAACGAUCUUUCCAAGUUCCUGAAAGGCAUGGAGGAGGAUGGAUCACUGGAGAACACGAUUGUAUUCAUGAUGGCGGAUCAUGGACUCCACAUGGGUAUCAACUUUAUGUUUACCCCCAAUGGUCGUAUCGAGCACAUGAACCCAUAUCUCUCUGUAAUCCUACCCCCGCUCAUCUCAAAGAACUACCCAAGUCUCGCGCGCGGCCUGGCGCACAACCAACAAUCGCUAAUUACCGGAUACGAGAUCCAUGCGACCCUCAAGAUGCUUGCCUCGGGCCAGAUGCCCGAAUAUGGAGACGAUGAUGGAGAGGAGAUUGAUGGUGGAGCGUGGAGGAAGGGGACUUUGUUUGAUGAGGAGUUGGAUCCUGGAAGGACAUGUGAGCAGGCCAAAGUUCCUGAGGAGUAUUGCCAUUGCAAAUAG